CAAGCGCAGUGGGGCUCAAGCUUCUGGCCCAAUUUCAGGGCACGUUUGAAGCCAUGGAUCAAGAGAGGUCUCGAUGGUGGUCGCGCUUCCGAAAUCAACACACAGCAAUUGGCUACAUGCUGCAGGCAGCAAAAGUGGUGGGCAGCGAAGCGCUUGGUCUGUCCGAGAGAUUUCUCAAGCAUCGAGAGCAGGGUGUCAAGCCUCGCUGCGACUUUAGUGUGACCAGCAUCGAUACGGCCGUGGUUGAUGGCCAUGUUCUGCGCGGCAGCUUGUUACUUCCCAAAGGUUUGGAAGGUCCUUUUCCGUCGGUGCUGCUGCGGACACCCUAUGGGCGCAAAGCUGAAAUGGGCCAAAGUGUCCUGGCCAAGCAGGGCUAUGCCGUUUUGGUGCAAGAUACGCGUGGGCGCUUCUCCAGCAGUGGGGAGUUUGUGCCUGUGCAACAUGAACAAAUGGACGGGGAAGCGACAGUGGCUUGGAUGAGACAGCAGUCUUGGUGCAAUGGCAAAGUCGGCGUCACAGGUGUGAGCUACCUUGGGUUCACGGCUUGGGCCUGUGUGGAUCGUGCCAAUGUGGAUGCGAUUGUUCCGAUGAUCACUCAGAGCAACAUCCGCAGUGCAGUGUUCCGUCCUGGGGGUGCAGUGAGCUUUGAGCUGGUGGUGCUUUGGUUCUACCUGGUGUUGCAUCUCAUGAAGGACCUGGGCCGUGACCGGUGGUCCUUUGUGCGGAAGCUCUGGCAGGGUAUCCGGGAGGAGAAGCUUCGCAAAGCGUUCAAGUCACUUCCCAUGGGCAAGGUGGAUGAAAUCAUUCUGGGCUCUCCCAACAGCUUCUUGCAGGCUGGGCUUUCGGCACAUGGUGAUGCAUCCAGCGGCUUUUGGGAGGGCAAGGAGAAGCUGUGCAACUUCGAGAAGCCCAUCCCUCCAUGCCACAUCCUCACAGGCUGGUACGACUUCUUCCUGGAGGGCGCUUUGGAAGACUUCCAGAUGGCCUUGAGACGGGGGAGUCAUGUGAGUUUGACUGUGGGGCCAACUCACCAUUGGAGCCUGCUGGGAUUUCGCCAAGUCUUUGAGAAGACGAUGCUCUCCACCUUCGAUGAGCAUUUGAAGGGUGACCUGCGAUGGCACGGCCAAAGCCAGGAGGAUCCAGGGCAGAGGCCACUGAGCAUGGUCUCCGCCUCUGCAGAGGAACACCAUGACCGGCGGGUGCAUCUCUACGUGCUCGGCCUGGGUUGGCGCCACUACCGGAGCUAUCCACCCUUGACGGUGAUGGAGUCUUGGCACCUGGGCUCCAGCUUCGACCUCCGACGAACUUCACAAGAGGUGAAUCACAGUUACUUCUACAAUCCGGCAAGGCCCACACCUGCAGCGGGUGGCCCGUCCUUCAAUCCGAUGAACGCAGGAGCACGAGAUCAGUCCAAGAUUGAGGCACGGCCUGACGUCCUGGUAUACUCCAGCGCAGUGCUACGUGAGCCCUUGCUGGUGGUGGGCCCUGUACAUCUUGAAUUGGAGGCAACGUGGCAGACGGAGAAGGCAGACUUCGUGGGCCGACUUUGUCAUGUGGAUGUGGAUGGGCGCUCCACCAACCUUUGUGAGGGCCUCACCAGCGUCACAGUGCGCUCAGGGGGCGAGUUUGAGCGGGUGGAGGUGUCGAUGGGUCACACAGCGGUGCUUUUUCGGCCAGGGGAGCGAGUUCGAUUGCAGAUCUGCUCCGCUGCGCAUCCUCGAUGGUUCCGGAACCUGGGCACUGGAGAGAAGCUGAGCGAGGCCCAACGACUUGAAGCUGGCACAGUGAAGCACCCUGGUUGCAGUUGAGUAGGUUGAACUUCUACAUUCUCUGAAGCUUUGCAUCUUGGAAAAUGAUGAGCCCUAAGUGAAGAGGAUUCUUUCUUGGUCUCUGAGGCUUUGAGGCGGAUCUUAUGACCGUCAUGGGCAAUGUUUGACAAACCCUUAACGAAUUCCCAACUCCAAUGCCCUUUCAAUGAAACAACAUGACCAACACGACCAAUCGCUGGAUGUGCAGAGUUGGAGAGCCUGGCGUCCCAGGCUUCUGUCCGGUUGCCUCCAGUUGCCGUUCGAGCCUGCCAGUGAGUGGAAUCACUUGGUCGUUCCAGAGGCCGUCGAAAGAGUCGAAAGAGACUGAAAGACUGGAAGACUAAGUUUUGUGUUAGUCUAAGUUCAGGUAAAGAGACAUACAACAGAAACUGUAACUCGGCAGCAGUUGAACAACAGUUACCCUUUCUGAGUGAGAGAUGGGCACCGGGUGCCUCCUCCACACUGGUUUCUUUGCACCUCAGAUCUCCUGGGCAGAUGCUCCGAUCUCACGGCUUUGAGCUGGGAGGACGCUGGCUACAAGAAGGACCCUCUGAUCGAGCUGAGACAGCAAAUUCUUUGAAUCGUCUUCCAUUUACUUGACUGAGAUCAUUUGUUGGCUCGCUGACUUUAUGGUCCCAAGACGCACCCUUCUGGGCAGCAAAGAUAUGCAUCAGGAAGGAGUCGCGCACAGACACCGUUUGAAUGCCUUUGGG